AUGGAGACCAAAAUAUUCAAAUGGAAACUUCCGAAUUUAUCCAACUUGCACGACGGAAUGCUUCUGGAGUCAAAUGAAUUCCUCGUCGGUGGUUGUGCUUGGUUUGUAGUCCCUACGUUACCGUACCUAGUCUCCUUUCUCGACCGGUCAACCGACACUUUCUAUUUGACUGCUCCGGCGACCCUUUUCUCUGUUUUCCGUUUGAGCAGGAAGAUUGUUGCAAGGAUAGAAUCUCCGGUAUUUUUGAUCGGCAAAGAGUCGGAGAAUGAGUGUGAAGUGGAAAUUGAUCUCUCUUUGGAUUUGGAUUGUUGCUCCGGUCCAGUAUCAAGCGCCAGUCGUGGUCGGAAAAUAUAUGCCGAGUACACCUUCACCGUCAUCAACAUGGCCGAUGGCUACUCCUUAACUGACGGUGGCAAAAGGCAUUUCAAAGUGGGUGGGGAAAGCUGGGGAUCCCCAACUCUCUUCCAAGGAUUGACCUAUGAUGAGGACAUUAUAGUCGUUGAAGCUCAAGUUUCAACAUUGUCAUCUGUGCCACCAAAGUCGACAAAGCAACCUGGUAGAGAUUCAUCAUCAAAAAAGAGAAAGCAACCUGAAGGAAGAAACCCUCCACCUCUUGCAUUAGUCUCGCCCAAUGUUGCUCGAACCACAACCAUGACGGGUUCACUGGUGCCUUUGUCAAGCUUGCAACUGACCACAAGGAACCUAAUAGCUCAACUCUCACCAUUGAUGUGUAGUGGAUCAAAACUCACUACUCCAGCUGGAGCUUGUCUGCCGCAACAGGACAGGAGAAAACUGGUCACCUUCUUCGAGAUGACGGUGGAGGCCAUCUUGAAAGCCAAUGCGUUCGAUGAUGUCGAGAAAAUCGUCAGGAAAAUGGCUGAUUAUCAGCUCAUGCCAACUGACCAUCAUCAUCCGCUAAAGAACAUGCUAUCCCGUCUGGCGGAGUUUAAGGAUGCCAUCCCUGCCUCUCUGACCAUGAUUGAAAGUUGCAGUGCCAUUGAGACGUCGAGAGCAAGGAAUGUUAAGGAUUUGGAAAGGAGGCUGGCUCAGAAGCAAAAGGAGCUGAGUGUUUUGGAAUCGGAAGUCUCGAGGCUUGGUGUAGAAGAGGCGAAGCUGGAGGCCCAGAUUCGGGCUCUCGUUGCCUUUAAAGAGAAAAUGGCUGGUGCUAGGGCUGCAAGGGAAUCUGAACUGGUGAAGAUCAACGGAGAGGCCACCAGGGAAGUAGAAGAACUGAAGAGGCAGGUGCACGAAUGUAACCAAGCUGGUGAGAGUAAGAUGGUGGCCAAAGAGAAACUCGCCCAGUUCAAUGCAAGUUGGAAGCUCUUCAGAGACUACUUGGGGUUUUAGUGGUUAGUAAUAGAACAAGGAAAAUUUUAGAUUACUGAAAUCUGGCUGAGUCGCGGACGUCGCUCUGUUUGAAUCGUUUGCGGCACUAUGUUCUAC